AUGAAUAUAAAUGAUUUUUUUGAUAUCUCAGAAGGAAAUUUGACAAUCUACAACUUUCAUGAAUUCUGUUAUGGUAACAACAUUAUAGAUACUUCACAAUUAGAUUUUGAUUCGUUUGAGAAUUUUUUGAAACAAACAAACUCCCGAUUCAAAGGAUGCAACCUUACAUUAGACGAUGGUAUUACAAAGAAAGAUAUUAAAGAAAAUUUGAGAAAAAGAAAUCUUUUCUUUAGGAAUAAUAAAGUAUCUAAAAGAAGGAUUAGAAUUAGUGCUGGAAUCUUAUAUGUACAACAUGAAAAUAUAGAAUCAAAUACAUCUACACCUGAAGAACCUCAAACUCAAGAAACGUUCAUCAUCAAUCCUAAUAUUAUUCCUCAACAAAUACUCAAACAAGCCUCUGAAGAAGUUGCAUUAUGUCAAAAAAGAAAGGAGUUCUUUAGCAAUAAAGCUCUUACACCUGCUGUUAAAAAACAAUUCUUUGAAAAAGUACAUUCAAAACUUAAAGAUCAAGGUAUCUUAAGACGAUACGAAACAAUUACAAAUUUCAAUUCUAAAGCAGUGUUGAAAUAUUUACUGGAAACAUUUCAGUGUAAAGUUGCAAAACCAAUAAACGUUGAUAGUAGAGGUGAUGGAGAUCAAGAAAUUGUUGGUAAAGAAGAAUCAAAUAAAGUUGAAUCAAUUGAUUAUGAGAAUAGAGGUGAAGAAUUAAAUAAAGCUGAAUCAAUUGAUUAUGAGAAUAGAGCUGAAAAAAAUAUUGAAAGUGAAGAUAUUGAUAUUGCUAAAGGUGAAGAGGACCCUAAAGGUGAAGCUAUUGAUGUUGUUAAAGGUAAAAAGAGACCAGAUUUUCUUUUGGUUGGUAUUUUUGGUUUGAUUUUGAUCACAAUACUUAUUUUACUUUAUAUGAAAGGUGUUAUUAGCAAAAAUUUAUUCAAUUACAAUUCUAUUACUUAUUAUAUCGGAUGA